AUGGCUGCUCCGGAGCAAACCGGAGGCGACGCCCACCUGCGUUUCGACGAGCCUAAAUUCUCCAGCGAAGGUGGUGCCGACCGCAAGCAAUCAGGUGCUGACCAUAAAGCCUCCAUUUACGCGAAGCCAGAUCUCGAGAACGGCGAAGAAUAUGCUAACUUGGUCGCCUACAUCUCUUCUUACUAUGAAGGUCCGCGUAGGAAAUCCAUCGUCUCAAUGGAGGAGGGCGGAGGUCCCAAGAAGAAACCUUGGUGGAAGAUCUGGGCUCGCAAAGCAAAGACCACUGGUGGCGAGGAGGGUUUUGAGGUCCCGGAUGACUGGCUCGAGGCAGACAUCAAGCAAGGUAUCUCUAGCUCAGACAUUGAGGGUCGUAGGAGGCACGUAGGCUUUAAUGAGCUUACUACCGAGAAAGAGAACAUGUUUCUCAAGUUUCUCUCCUUCUUCACCGGCCCAAUUCUCUAUGUCAUGGAAAUUGCCGUCCUCUUAGCUGCUGGUCUUCGUGAUUGGAUUGACUUUGGUGUUAUCAUUGCUAUUCUCAUGCUGAACGCCACAGUCGGAUGGUAUCAAGAGAAACAAGCUGCAGACGUGGUUGCCUCACUCAAAGGUGACAUAGCUAUGCGCGCCGUCGUCAUUCGUGAUGGUAAAGAGGAAGAUAUCAAAGCCCGCGAGCUUGUGCCCGGCGAUAUUGUCAUUCUUGAAGAAGGUCAGGUCAUCCCGGCGGACGCUCGACUCAUCUGCGCCUAUGAAAAUCCCGGAGCUUUUGAAGAAUACAAGGAGCUCAUGAGGCAAGAGCUGAACGAGCCUUCCGAAAAGAAGCCCGAGGAGGAAGAUGACGAUGACGAUGAUAAGCAUCACGGCAUUUCGCUCAUUGCGGCCGACCAAUCUGCAAUUACAGGCGAGUCGCUGGCUGUGGAUAAGUACAUGGGCGACACCGCCUACUACACCACGGGUUGCAAGCGUGGAAAGGCGUAUGGAGUAGUCACUUCAAGCGCACGAGGCUCGUUCGUCGGUCGCACUGCGACACUCGUGCAGGGCGCCAAGGAUCAAGGUCAUUUCAAGGCUAUUAUGAACGCCAUCGGCACUGCCCUCUUGGUGGUGGUCGUGUUCUGGAUUUUGGUUGCCUGGAUCGGUGGCUUUUUCCAUGGCGUGAACAUUGCUACUCCGGAAGCCAGCUCCCGAACCUUACUCCAUUACGUACUGAUUCUUCUCGUCAUUGGUGUCCCCGUCGGUCUACCCGUCGUGACCACUACCACUCUGGCUGUCGGGGCUGCCUACUUGGCCAAAGAUAAAGCCAUCGUCCAAAAGUUGACCGCCAUUGAGUCUUUAGCUGGUGUGGAUGUGCUUUGUUCUGACAAGACAGGCACGCUUACGGCUAACCAACUCUCCAUUCGUGAGCCAUAUGUUGCUGAAGACGUCGAUGUCAACUGGAUGAUGGCUGUUGCCGCGCUCGCCUCAUCUCAUAACAUCAAAUCGCUAGACCCAAUUGACAAGGUGAUCAUUUUAACGCUUAAGCGCUUCCCGAAGGCGCGUGAAAUACUGGAGCAAGGCUGGAAAACCCUCAAAUACACCCCAUUUGAUCCCGUUUCGAAACGUAUUACUUGCGAGUGUACUUGCAACGGCCAGAAAUACACCGCUGCAAAGGGUGCUCCCAAAGCGAUCCUCAAUUUGUCUGAGUGCAGUCCUGAAACUGCGGACCUUUUCAAGAAUAAGGCUGCAGAGUUUGCUCGUCGUGGUUUCCGCUCUUUGGGAGUAGCAGUCAAAAAGAACGACGAGCCAUGGGAACUUUUGGGGAUGCUGUCUAUGUUUGAUCCUCCCAGGGAAGAUACUGCCCAGACUAUUGCUGAAGCGCAAUUCCUUGGUCUGCAAGUCAAAAUGUUGACCGGUGACGCAAUUGCUAUCGCGAAGGAGACCUGCAAAAUGUUGGCUCUAGGCACAAAGGUCUACAAUUCCGAUCGACUCAUACACGGUGGUCUGAGCGGGACAACACAACACGACCUUGUCGAACGUGCGGAUGGGUUUGCCGAAGUCUUCCCCGAACAUAAGUACCAGGUUGUGGAAAUGAUUCAGCAGCGUGGACAUUUGACAGCCAUGACAGGCGACGGUGUCAAUGAUGCUCCCUCGCUCAAGAAAUCGGAUUGCGGUAUUGCCGUCGAGGGUGCGACUGAGGCCGCUCAAGCAGCUUCCGACAUUGUUUUCCUCGCACCCGGCCUUAGCACUAUUGUGUCUGCUAUCAAGGUUGCUCGUCAAAUCUUCCAGCGCAUGAAGGCAUAUAUUCAGUACCGUAUCGCUCUCUGCUUUCACUUGGAAAUUUACCUUGUCACAUCAAUUGUGAUAAUCAACGAAACUGUGAACUCUGAGCUCAUCGUCUUCUUGGCUCUUUUCGCAGAUUUAGCGACAAUCGCUGUUGCUUACGAUAAUGCUCAUUAUGAAGCUCGCCCUGUGGAGUGGCAGUUGCCCAAAAUCUGGAUCAUCUCAGUUACUCUUGGCCUGCUGCUCGCUCUUGGAACCUGGGUCAUUCGCGGCUCGAUUUACAUUCCAAACGGUGGUGUCAUCCAGAACUUCGGCAAUGUGCAGGAGAUUCUCUUUCUCGAAAUUUCCCUCACAGAAAAUUGGCUCAUCUUUGUCACUCGCGGUGGGAAGACCUGGCCAUCCUGGCAGCUUGUGGCAGCCAUCUUUGGUGUCGAUGUUCUGGCCACUCUCUUCUGUGUCUUCGGAUGGCUUUCUGGCGAAGGGUAUGCGUCAGACCCUCGCGUCCGUGCUGAGCUUGAGAGGAAUGGACGCACUAGUGUUGUCACUGCUGUGGUUAUAUGGUGUUACUCCAUUGGGGUUUCGAUUGUCAUUGCCAUCGUAUACUUCCUCUUGAACCAGAUAGAAUGGCUGGACAAUCUCGGCCGCAAGAGCCGGAGCCGAUCAGAUACUCAGAUGGAGAACAUUCUCGGCCAUCUGGCUAAAGUUGCUAUCGAACACGAGCGCGAUGACAAGGGCGGCAGCCGCUGGCAUCUGGCUACGAGGGCCACCGAAGCCGAAGUGGACGAAUAG